CACUGGUUCCUCCAGGGCUCCGAGUUUGGGAACUGGGCGAUGGGGCUGUGGACUGAGGAGGGUUUUGACAUCUAUGAAGACUUCCCAGAUCUCAACUCUGUGCUCUGGGGAGCGGAGGAGAGGAAAUGGGUCCCCUACCGGGUCCCCAACAAUAACCUGCCCAUUCCUGAACGCUACCUCUCCCCAGACGCCACGGUGUCCACGGAGGUCCGGGCCAUCAUCGCCUGGAUGGAGAAGAACCCCUUCGUGCUGGGGGCCAACCUGAACGGUGGUGAACGUCUCGUCUCCUACCCCUACGACAUGGCCCGAACGCCCACCCAGGAGCAGCUGCUGGCCGCGGCCAUGGCAGCUGCCCGGGGAGAAGAUGAGGACGAGGUGUCUGAGGCCCAGGAGACCCCGGACCACGCCAUCUUCCGCUGGCUGGCCAUCUCCUUCGCCUCUGCCCACCUCACCAUGACGGAGCCGUACCGGGGAGGGUGCCAAGCACAGGACUACACCAGCGGCAUGGGCAUCGUCAACGGGGCCAAGUGGAACCCCCGGUCUGGGACCAUCAACGACUUCAGUUACCUGCAUACCAACUGCCUGGAGCUCUCCAUUUACCUGGGCUGCGACAAGUUCCCCCACGAGAGUGAGCUGCCCCGCGAGUGGGAGAACAACAAGGAGGCUCUGCUCACCUUCAUGGAGCAGGUUCACCGUGGCAUCAAGGGGGUUGUGACCGAUGAGCAGGGCAUCCCUAUCGCCAAUGCCACCAUCUCCGUGAGCGGCAUUAACCAUGGUGUGAAGACAGCGAGCGGUGGUGACUACUGGCGCAUCCUGAAUCCGGGUGAGUACCGCGUGACGGCCCACGCAGAGGGCUACACCCCGAGUGCCAAGACCUGCAAUGUGGAUUAUGACAUCGGGGCCACCCAGUGCAACUUCAUCCUGGCCCGCUCCAACUGGAAGCGCAUCCGCGAGAUCAUGGCCAUGAACGGGAACCGGCCCAUCCCGCGCAUCGACCCCUCGCGCCCCAUGACCCCCCAGCAGCGGCGCAUGCAGCGGCGCCGCCUGCAGUACCGGCUGCGCAUGCGCGAGCAGAUGCGGCUCCGGCGCCUCAACGCCACGGCCACCCCCGGCCCCAGCACCCCCGCG